AUGAUUCAGCUAGCUUCGCUGAAGCUGUUUCCCUUGGAACGGACUGCAGCCUUUAUGAUCCGGCGUUUUGAUUGGUGGCGUGCUUCGCUGAAGCUGUUUCCCUUGGAACGGCCUGUAGCCUUUAUGGUCCGGCAUUUUGAUCGGUGGCGUGUAUGUUUGAGUUGUGGCCUUGCGAUUGAUGAAGAUCGUAUGCCAGGGGCUUCGCUGAAGCUGUUUCCCUUGGAACGGACUGCAGCCUUUAUGAUCCGGCGUUUUGAUCGGUGGCGUUUAUGUUUGAGUUGUGGCCUUGCAAUUGGUGCAGCAAGUACGCAGGCGAAGUGCGUAAAGCGUGUGACGGUUCAGUUCAUAGCAUUAGAGGACAUCGCGAGCACAACGCUAGUAUGCCAGGCGUGUGGCGCUUCAGCUCAUAGCAUUAGAGGACAUCGCAGUCAUCAACCUUUUGAAGUAUGCCUACAAUUAGGGCGUUUAGCGUUGGCGGUUCUGCAGAAGCAGAUGUUGAGUUGCGUGCAUGGCAGUGUUGUGCUAGUAUGCCAGGCGUGUCACGGUUCAGUUCAUAGCAUUAGACGACAUCGCGAGCACAACACUUUGACCGAGUACGCCAGGCGUGUGAGGAUUGCGGUCAUGAAGUGCGCGAGUUGUGCAGCGGUUAAGUUCAUAGCAGUAGAGGACAUGGCGAGCACAACGCGAGUAUGCGCGGCGUGUGGCGGUCCAGUUCAUUGCAUUAGAGGACAUCGCGAGCACAACGUUUUGAAGAUGUACGCCCGGCGCCUGACGGGUCAGUUCAUAGCAGUAGAGGACAUCGCGAGCGCAACGUUUUGCAGUAACCCUACAAGUAGGGCGUUUCGCAUUGUCGGUUGUGGAGACGCACAUGUUGAGUUGCGUGCAAGGAGGUACGCCAGGCGUGUGACGGUUAAGUUCAUAGCAUUAGAGGACAUGGCGAGCACAACGGAAGUACGCGAGUUGUGUAGCGGUUCAGUUCAUACCAUUAGAGGGCCUCCCGAGCACAACGUUUUGAAGAAGUAUGCCAGGCGUGUGACGGUUCAGUUCACAGCAUUAGAGGACAUGGCAACCAUCAAGGCAUUGAAGUAUCCCUACAAUUACGAGUAUGCGCGGCGUGUGACGGUUCAGUUCAUUGCAUUAGAGGACAUCGCGAGGAUCAAAGUCCUUGGAAUAACUCUUCUAGCGCUGCAUCUAGGCUUUGGGGGCUUUGACAGGGAUGAUGGGGAUUCACGUGCAUGCGAGUAUGCGCGGCGUGUGACGGUUCAGCUCAUAGCAUUAGAGGACAUCGCGAGCAGAACGCUUUGA